AUGGCCGAAGCAGCAAAGGUGGCAGCCCGUCCGCUGCAGAGAGCGCUGGAGCGGCUCAGCCCAAGGAACGGCUCCGCACCCGGUCGCAGACCGACCAAAGGGCGUGCCGAUGACGCGGCAACGGCAGAGACGCGGCGCACCCCGUCCGUGGCCGUGAUCAGCACCGCUUUGCGGGUCUUGGUGGGCGCCACGGAGGGAGCAUCUGCGCCAGAAGGCGAGAGCAAGGCUGGCGUCCCUGUUCGCCCAGUCCGCGCUGAUGCCUGGUACAACAGCAAGGCUUUGGUUUCGGCCCUGUUCGACGAGCAAGCUGUUGCCUUGCCGAGAGCACCCGGGGCUACUGACGUUCGGGGCCGUGUGACCGCAGUUGGCUCGGACAUUCCGACGGCGGUGGGAGAGCGAGCGAAGGUUGUCCAGUCCGGCAAGGUGCGGCGCGCCGACGACUGGACGAGGAGCCAGCGCAAUAGCGCAGUGUCGGUGUGUGACACCCCAGCCUACGUUGCGUACGCUUCGGCCUCAGUGCAGAAGCGAAUCGGACGCAUCUAUACCGAUGCCUUCCUCACUGUGCAUGGAGGAAGGAAGUGCGCCAACCGUUGGCUGGACACCAGUUCGGCGUUGCAGCAGCUCAAGCAGGUGGUGGCUCGGGACCAGUUCGAUUGUUUGAUCUGCUUCGUGGACAAUACAGCCACGAAAGGGAACAUCGCUCAAAGGACGCGAAUUGCCAACUUGUCCGACAAGGUGUCUCGAGGAGACUAUUCGGAGGCCGACCAGCUCCAGUGUCAGCGGCUGGAGCCCUCGUUCGACAGCGUG